CCGGCUCCUGGGAUACACGAUGGGCCCCGCCCUCGGAGUCGCGAGGAGCUGGAGGGGAGAAGUGCGUUCUGCGGAAGCUGUGGGUGGAGGGGCCGGGGCCGCCACCUUCUGUCCACAGGUACCGCAGGCCGUAAGCGCACCCCACCCUUGCGCGCUAUGGGCUCGGACAUCUGGGUCGGCCCUUGGCGGCCCCACCGGCCCCGCGGCCCCAUCGCAGCGCUCUACAGAGGCCCAGGGCCCAAAUACAAGCUGCCACCGAACACCGGCUACAUCCUGCACGACCCGUCGCGGCCCCGCGCCCCGGCCUUCUCCUUCGGCGCGCGCCUCCCCACGCAGCAGACUUCUUGCGGCCCGGGGCCCGGCCACCUGGUUCCUGCUCGCAUGACCGUGCGCGGCCCCGACGGCACCCCCGCCUACUCCAUCUACGGCCGCCCCCGCCACGCAGCGCCCCGCCUCACUCCCGGACCUGGCAGGUACUUCCCUGAGCGAGCUGGGAACGCGACGUACCCCUCUGCGCCUCGGCAUACCAUCGCUCCCCGAAACUGGGGCAUCCCUGCGGAGCAGCAGACCCCAGGCCCUGGGACCUACAAUGUGCCCUCGCUCUUGGGUCCGCGCGUCAUCGGUAAAGUCUCGGCCCCAACUUACUCCAUCUAUGGCCGCAGCGCAGUGGGCAGCUUCUUCGAGGACCUCAGCAAGACCCCGGGCCCCUGCGCCUACCACGUGGUGAACACUGGGAUCUACAAGUCUCGGGCCCCCCAGUUCUCGAUGCUGGCGCGGACUUCACUCCCCCAAGACAACACCCUGAAUCCGGGACCCGCAGCCUACAACGUGGACCAGCACCGGAAGCCUCGCGGCUGGACCUUCGGGAUCCGGCACUCGGACUACCUGGCCCGGGUCCUGACCAAUGCAGAUGAUUGACCGGCCGGGAGGGCGCAGCCC